CCGGUGCUGCCGGCUGGCGUCAAGUUCGAUCCCACGGAUCAGGAGCUGAUCGAGCACCUUGAGGCCAAAGUGAGUGCUGACAGCACGAGAUCUCACCCUCUUAUCGAUUUGUUCAUACCAACCAUCCACAGCGAGCACGGCAUAUGCUACACCCAUCCUGAGAAACUUCCAGGUAUCACACUGAGUGGCCUAAGCAAGCAUUUCUUCCAGCGCAAUUCUAGGGCAUUAGAAAGGGGCACGUGGACGCGUCGCAAGAUACAGUCGGAGUGCGGCAUGCACGCGAUGUGGCACAACACCGGCAAUACCUUGCCGGUGAUGGUCAACGGCUGGCAGACGAGCAGCAAAAAGGUUCUGGUGCUGCACACCAACAAGAACUUUGACCAGCAGAGGACCAACUGGGUGAUGCACCAGUACCACCUCGGGGACCUGGAGCAAGAGAAGGAGCAGGAGCUGGUCCUCUGCAAGAUUUUCUAC